AUGGUCCCUCCACUGAUCACUCUGGAGGAGCAUUUCUUCUCCAAAGCCGUCCUCACGGACUUUGCGGGCACCUACGCAGAACAGCUCAAGCAUGUUCCGCACCUGAAGGAGAAGCUCGCCGACCUGGGUGAACUCCGUUUGAGCUCCAUGGACGCCGGCCAGGUCUCGCUGCAGAUCGUCUCCCACGCGCCUGGCGGCAUGUCGGCGUCUCGAUGCAGAGCGGCCAACGAUCAGCUCGCCGAGGCAGUGAAGAAGCACCCCGACCGCUUCGCCGGCUUCGCGGUCCUCCCGAUCUCGGAACCCGCAGCAUGCGCCGCCGAACUGACCCGCUGCGUCAAGGAGCUUGAUUUCGUCGGCGCCCUGAUCGACAACCACACCGCGGAUGGCACCUACUUCGACGGAGAAGCAUACCUGCCCAUGUUUCAAGCCGCCCAAGACCUCGACGUGCCCAUCUACCUACAUCCGACCUGGGCCACCCAGGAGGUGACGUCGCUGCUGUACGCGGGGGACAACAUCCCCAGCGAGGCGACGACAUCGCUCUCCUCGUCCGCGUUCGGUUGGCACUCGGACGUGGCGGUGCACGUGCUCCGGCUGUUCGCGUCGGGUCUGUUCGACCGACUCCCCAAGCUCAAAAUGAUCAUCGGCCACAUGGGCGAGAUGCUGCCAUUCAUGCUCGAGCGCGUCAUGCAGCUCUCGCCGCGCUGGGGCCCGCGCCAGCGCUCCUUCAAGACCGUGUGGGACGAGAAUAUCUGGAUCACCACCAGCGGCGACUGGAGCGUCAACCCAAUGGCCUGCAUCCUGCGCAACACCCGGCCCGACCGCGUCCUGUACAGCGUCGACUAUCCGUUCGCGACCAACGAGAACGGCCUGCAGUUCAUGCGGGACCUUGAGAGUAGUGGCCUCGUCUCAUCCGAGCAGUUGGAAAUGAUUGCACACGGCAACGCCGAGGCCCUGUUGCGCGUGAAACACAAGAAACGAUGGGAUUGA